AUGACAAGUCGAAUCAUUUCUUCCUCAGCCUCGCAGGAUAAGCUAGCAAGCGAUGAUCAGGAUCGGCCAUUUAUACCGAGUUCCCGACCUUCCCGCUCUGUCACCGUGUGCUUAGAGACGUCCAGCUUGAACUCGGCCCCAGUACUCCCGAGGCCGGACCAAUCGAUCCGCGCUGUACUUGGUGCUGUUAAGCCGGACACUUGGAGCUUGAAGCGCGAUGCCCAUGUCAAGGGCUAUAUUCAAUCUGGCUGUGCAUCAUCUUCUCUUCUAAAUUGCUCACAUUAG